GAAGAUAAGAGAAGAAAAAGAAGAAGAAAAAAAAAAAAUGCAAACGCUUCUCAGUCAGCCAUGUAAGUCUCUUCUUCCUAUACUCACUGCUUCGUCGUCGUCGUCGUCGUCGAUUCGUAGCUCCGGUGGUGAUGUGAGAGAAUGUAUCAAUUUUAAAGCAUCGGAGAAAGCUUGGCAGUUUCGAUUUUCCGAAACCCUAACCCCUUUUCGGUUUCGCAGUUUCGCAAUUUGUCGCGAUUUCGCUGUUCGUGGAGCUUAUGGGAUUAGAUUUUGCUCACGAGACGGUGUUAAAAACGGAGGAAUCGUUGCGGAGGAGGAAGAGGAGGAGGAGCUUGAGCUAUUGAACAAGCCGAGUCCUGUACCGAAAUCAGAGAAUGAGAAGGAAAAUGGUAAAGCUGACGAUGACGAGAUCCUUGAGCCGUUUUUGAAAUUCUUCAAACCGGAAGAAGAAGAAGAAGGAGUCGAAGGAGAUGAGUCGGAAGAAGCAUCCGAGGAGGAGGAGGAGGAGACGGGUAGAGUCAGUGUAGAGUAUUACGAUCCUAAACAAGGUGAUUUUGUGGUUGGUGUUGUGGUUUCGGGUAAUGAGAAUAAGCUUGAUGUGAGUAUAGGUGCGGAUAUGUUGGGAACUAUGUUGACGAAAGAGAUACUUCCUUUGUAUGAUAAAGAGUUGGAUUACUUGUUGUGUGAUUUGAAGUAUGAUGCUGAAGAGUUUUUGGUUAAUGGGAAAAUGGGGAUUGUUAAGGAUGGUGAUGAUGAUGGUGGUGUUGAGAUUGCGGAAUUUGCUAAGCAAGGUAGGCCGGUUGUGGAGAUUGGGACGGUUGUUUUCGCCGAGGUUUUAGGGAGGACGUUGAGUGGUAGGCCUUUGCUUUCUUCUAGACGUUAUUUUCGGAGAAUCGCUUGGCAUCGUGUGAGGCAGAUUAAGCAACUUAAUGAGCCUAUUGAAGUUAAGAUUACAGAGUGGAAUACAGGAGGGCUUCUCACCAGAAUUGAGGGGUUGAGGGCUUUUAUUCCGAAGCAAGAACUGGUGAAGAAAGUGAACAGUUUCACCGAGUUGAAGGAAAACGUGGGUCGUAGACUUUUUGUGCAGAUUACGCGAUUGAACGAAGACAAAAACGACUUGAUACUGAGUGAAAAAGUAGCCUGGGAGAAGCUGUACCUUAAAGAAGGAACACUCUUAGAAGGAACAGUUGCCAAAAUCUUACCAUAUGGAGCUCAAGUCAAACUCGGGGAUAGUAGCAGAAGUGGACUGCUACACAUAUCAAACAUAACUCGCAGAAGAAUUGGAUCGGUAAGCGAUGUGCUUCAGGUAGACGAAAGCGUGAGGGUUCUGGUUGUGAAAUCUCUAUUUCCAGACAAGAUCUCUCUCAGCAUUGCAGAUCUUGAAAGCGAACCGGGUUUGCUUAUCUCAAACAAAGAGAAAGUGUUUACAGAGGCUGAAGAGAUGGCAAAGAAGUAUAGAGAAAAGAUGCCUUCAGUAGCUACAAUCCCGAUUUCUGAUCGACCUCCAAUCACAAGCAGUUUCCCUCAGGGCAAGGAUGAAGAAAUUUAUGCUAACUGGGACUGGUUCAAGUUUGAGAGUCAGUGACAAAAUUCACAAAUCUUUUUACAUGUUGUACAAUGAGUUUUGUAUUUGAAAUUUUGAGACUGUAUUAUUAUGAGUAAAUGUUUCCUCCAAAAGAAGCUUGUUGUUCCUUUAUAGAAAAGAUGUAUCUAUGUAAAGAUCAAAACACACAAA